AGAACUGUCAUCGACAUUUGGCAAAACAGCGGUGGUGUGUCGUCGCGAAGUGCUAUAGGUAUAUAAAUAUUUUUAACGUGAAAACUAGAGAAUUCGUGGCCAGGAACAAUAUAGCAUUGUUAUAGGAGCAAUAGGAAGAGUACUUCUAGUGAAUUCAAAAGCUAUCUAUUACAUAACAAUCUGUUCCGGUGCAGACCUUGUCGAGUCGUAUUAAUUUGGCGAUAAGCGGCUUUGCGACUGCCAAACCCAGCAGGAAGGCCUUCCGUGAACAAAACGGUGAUGUUUUAAAAUCUAUUAGAUAAAACAAAAAGACCUGACAGUAAAAAAUAUUGUGAGAUAACAGUGGAAUAAGGAUGAGCACGGGAAGUACGGGGUCCACUUUUCCCAAGUGGCAGCUGGCUAUACUGAUCGGUGCCCCAGUUGCACUGGGGAUCGGUUAUUUGUACUGGAAAAAGUCCACCGAAGCAGAAGAAUCGGACGACACGCUGACGAAGAAAAAACUCGGUGAAAUCAAGGAUAAGACCAUUUCGCUUGAUGGGGAGAGUACGCACGAUGCACCUUCAAAGCGGAAGACUCUAACGCCACUCGAGGAAGCGCAGAAACACAAAAAUGAAGGGAAUGUUUAUUUUAGAGAAGCAAAAUACGACUUAGCAAUACAGGAGUACGACCUGGCAAUCGAGAAGUGCCCAACAACAGAAAACAAUGACUUAUCUACGUUCUACCAGAACAGAGCAGCAGCGUAUGAACAUCUACAGAAAUGGAGCUCUGUAGUGCACGAUUGUACCAAAGCGCUAGAGUGUAAUCGAAAAUAUCUUAAAGCCCUCAAGCGAAGAGCAAAGGCCUACGAGCAGCUGAAAGAGCUUGCCAAAUCCCUGGAGGAUAUAACGGCUGCCUGUAUUCUGGAAGGAUUCCAAAACAAACACACACUCAUUCUAGCGGAUCGUGUUUUGAAAGAACUUGGUCAACAGCACGCCAAAGAAGCUCUGAAGGAGAAACACGACGUCCAACCGUCAAAAUUUUUCGUGAAGAACUAUUUUGCCUCAUUUUCGGAUGAUCCGAUCAGGAAGAUGGUGAUUGCCAGCAGUGAACCGAAAGGUUUCGUAAAAGCUAAACUGCUGCUGGACCAGGGAGAGUACGACGGUAUUGUAGCAGCAUGUACGGAAGAAAUCGAAUCGAGUGAAGCCGAUUCCGAGUACAAAGUGGAAGCAAUUUUAUUGAGAGCAACGUUUUAUCUGCUAACAGCACGCUAUGAAGAAGCGGCUUCUGACCUUGACACCGUAAUCGGCAUGGAGCUGGCGGAUAAAAAACUGCGAGCUAACGCUCUUAUCAAGCGUGCGUCACUUGCUAUGCAAACGCAACCAAAUACACCGGAAGAAUGUUUCACAUAUUUUGCCCAAGCUGAAGAACUAGACCCGACAAACAGCGAUAUCUAUCACCACCGUGGUCAGGUGUUUAUUCUGAUUGAACGACUGUCGGAAGCCAUAAGCGACUUUGCCAAAGCUUGCUUACUCUGUCCCAACUCCGGUAUAAUAGCAAUUCACAAGUGCUAUGCUAGCUACCGGCAAGCAAUGAUCAACAAAGACGAAUAUGCCCUGCGAAAGGUGAUGGAAGGAUUCCGCGAUGCGAUCGAACGUUUCCCCGACUGCGUGGAAUGUUACAGUUUGAUGGCACAGGUACUUUGCGAUCAGCAGGAGUUCCAAGAAGCGGACAACUUUUUCGAAAAAGCAACCAAAAUCGAACCAGAGAAUGCACAGAUUCUAGUCCACAAAGCGUUACUGCAGCUCCAAUGGACGGCGAAUCUCGAUGUGGCCGUACAGUUGAUCGAGAAAGCAAUAGAAAUCGACGAUAAGUGCGAAUUUGCCUACGAAACGCUUGGAACCAUUCAGGUUCAGCGGGGACAACUAGCGGAGGCGAUAAAAUUGUUCGAGUCCGCUAUAAAGCUGGCCAAAACGGAAAUGGAACUGGUUCACCUAUACUCGCUUAAGGAUGCCGCCAUCGCGCAGGUCAACGUCACGAAAAACAUGGGUUUAGAUAUCGCAUCCCUGGCGCAACUGUCCCAAGGACCAUUUUAAGUCGGCUUUCGGAGAAUACCCGAAUCAACAUUUAUUAUGGAUUAUAAUUUUACAGAAAACCUUAAAUUCACCAGUGCAAGCUUUUACCUCAUCUGUUAGUUUAGCCUGAAUUUUGUUUUUGUUAGUUUGGACCAGCGCAUCCAUGUGCUGAAUGCCUGCUGUUGUAGUUCAUCGUCCCUCGGAUAAUUUAGUGCAAAAUGAGUGUGGAUCACUAGCUAGGGAAGUUCGCUCAUAAAAAUUAUAUAUUUUUAGAAGUCGAUUAUUUCACAAUUCGGUAAAAAACAAUAAAAAAGUACACAAAAUUACAAGCAAACCUAAAAGAGUUACUACUACGUUUUAGGCCCUAUAAGUAGUCUAAUAUACCUAUUAACUAAACUUGGCCGCUAUCGUCUAAAUAAAGUUAAGAGUUAAGUUAAUCUAGUA